AUGAAGACUACAUACUGGCGCCCCUUCGCAAUCCUGUUCCUCUUCCUUCUUACAUUCCACCUGUCUUUCUCUGCUUUGGUAGACAUCGACUUGCUGGCACCAGUGAUAAUUGGAGGAGGAAUACAAAUUCAAUACUCUGUAUACAGAGAGCUUGGUUAUACUUAUGAAAUCACAAACCUCACAAUACUCCUCAAGCCACUUUCUGGAUCCUCCACUCCUUAUACGAUCGCAAGCACGGCUCCACUCUAUAGCCUGUCCAAUACCAAUAUGACAAAUACAGUCAAUUACACACUUCCGCCCGAAUCGUUUGGUAAUUCAUACAACAUUGAAUUCAUUGAGCUAUAUCGAACGCUAGCAACCGGAGUGAUGAGUACUGCGACUGUAGAUGUGCGAAUAGAUAUUCCGAGCAAAACGCAGCCAAAAACGAGUAUAAAUUCGAAUGGGGAGACAAUUGUUGUAUCGACUCUCAUACCUGCGUCAACGACAGUAUUUACUACUACCGCAGAUGGACAAACUCAGGUUUACACGUCUACGGUGCCGGCGAGUGUGAUGACAGUUACUGUUGGGGCCCCCAUAACGAAAAGCACUGGUCAACCUAAACCUACAAAUAGCGGAGGAUGCAGGGUUCGGGAAGGCAAGACAUUGAUAUGGACGAUGAUGAGUGUUUGGUUAGGAUAUUGGGUGACAAGAUGUUUAUAUAGCAGGCUUUCUAUUUAA